AACAUGAAAAGGUACUGCAAUUAGGUGCGUGAAAUCUCUGCUCUUCACUUCGUCCCGAUCCCAGGUAACUCUCUCUUCCUUCAGUCACCCUGCUCUAUGUUCAGCUGAUUUUCUAGUAUUCUGUUUAUCCGGUGUGAAAAUAAUGAGAUUCACGAACUCAAGGAGGAUUCCCGUUGAUUCUACCCUCAGAUCAGGGUUUUAAAUACUAUGUGCUAUGCUACCACUUUUACUUUAUGUCUAUGGAAUAUGCAGGUUGAAGGAUUAAUUUUGAUCAGAGUUCGUUCUUCGUAAACAUGAACUAUAUACUCGGAGCUUUCAAGCCUGCAUGCCACAUUUCAGUUACAUUUUCCGACGCGAAGUCACGCAAGCAGAUACCAUUGAAGAAGGAGAAUGGCCAUACAAUAAUGGCUCCACUUUUUCAUAGCCAGGAAAACAUUACCGGGAAGAUAUCGAUUGAACCAAUAUCAGGAAAGAAGGUUGAACACAAUGGAAUAAAAGUUGAGCUUCUUGGGCAGAUAGAAAUGUACUCUGAUAGAGGGAACUUCUAUGACUUCACUUCUCUUGUUCGCGAGUUGGAUGUACCUGGUGAAUUAUAUGAGAGGAAAACUUACCCAUUUGAGUUUUCAACUGUUGAAAUGCCUUAUGAAACAUACAGUGGGGCCAACACUCGUCUUAGGUAUGUUCUGAAAGUUACUAUAAGCCGAGGCUAUGGUGGCAGCAUAGUGGAAUACCAAGAUUUUGUGGUGCGGAACUAUAGCCCACCGCCUACAAUCAACAACAGCAUUAAGAUGGAAGUUGGAAUUGAAGAUUGCCUUCACAUAGAGUUUGAGUACAACAAAAGCAAGUAUCAUUUGAAAGAUGUGAUCAUAGGGAAGAUAUAUUUCCUACUUGUACGAAUCAAGAUAAAGAACAUGGAUCUUGAGAUCAGACGCCGGGAAUCAACAGGGUCGGGAGCAAAUACUCACGUUGAGACAGAGACCCUUGCAAAGUUUGAGUUGAUGGAUGGUGCUCCUGUUAGAGGCGAGUCGAUUCCCAUCAGAUUAUUUUUGAGUCCAUACGAACUGACACCGACAUAUCUGAAUAUAAAUAACAAAUUCAGCGUGAAAUACUAUUUGAACCUUGUUCUGGUUGAUGAGGAGGAUCGGCGCUACUUCAAACAACAGGAGAUCACAAUGUGCCGUAUCGCUGAUAUUUCCUAAUCCGUAAGUCUGAAGUUUUCCUCCUCCUCCACCUCCAUUCUCUACAGUGUCUCUUCUGCUACUCUAAUAUAAUGGUUUGUUUACUUUCCAAUGUAAUCGAAUGAACACCUUUUCUUCACUGCUUUUAGGGUAGAUAGGCAUUGGCCUGUGAGAGCUGCAAACUUUUGUAUAGUGUGUUUUAAGAUAAUUAAAGGGUUUGUUCCUAUUUGCUCUUAAAGGAUUGGGUAAGAGUUAUAUUACAUGUUUCUGG